AUGCCCGCAUUAGAGGGACUGCACCUGGCAGCCAACGCCACCAGCCCCAGGCGCAACUCGCGGCCACCGACGCCGGCAAGCACGGUCGCCGCCGACACGGGGCGCCCACCGCGUCCGCCAUCGGCCGCGCCCGAUGCCACCGGAUCCACCCCACCAGCGACCACCGCCGACAGCGACGCCCAGCCGUCGCCCGCGAUCAGCCCCACAUGGUGCGAAGGGCUGACCUACGAGGACGUGGUGGCCUCUAUUUUUGAGGCAGAAGAAGAGCCGGACCCAGCCAUCCCUCGGUCCCCCGCCUCGCCGACCCCCGUGGGCCCCGCUGGGCGCAAUUUAUGA